UCAUGGUAGGAGGGGGGAGGCUGUGACGUUCCAGGUUAAGGAAGCCCAAGCUAUUCUGAUCAGCUCUCCGGAAUCCCCGGCAGGGUCACUGGAGGGAUAUUCGGGGUCUCCAUGACGCUCUAUGACCCCCUGAUGGCCGAGAGCCGCCCCCUCUGUCACAUAACAGGCUGAUUAUGCCCAUCGAUCCUGCCCGGUAACAGGACCCUGCUGUGGGGAGGCGGGUGGGGGAAGAGGUUUAUUUCCCAUUUUUACAGGACAGGUCAGUCGUCCUUUCAGGUACCCACGCCCCCUUGCCCUCUAACUCUCAUGUCGCCCACCUACUCCAUGGCGCAGCACACAACAAAAGGUUAAAGCGGAAAGAAUGUCGGAGAGGGCCGAGGAUGACGUCAGAGGGGAGCAGCGCAGAGCGGCGGCCAGGCAGCAGCGGCGGCAGGGAGACAACAUGGCGGCUCUGCCCAGUCCUGGAGCCAUGCUGGGGCAGCCCUGGGUCAGCUGGCUGGAUGCUGCCAAACUGUCCUGGACCGACGAACUGGAGGAAAGUUUGAAGGAGUGUGACAAUAAACGAGAAGCCAUGAGACUCAGCAGAGAAGAUAUGCCAAUAUUUGGUCUCUGCCCAGCCUACGAUGAAUUCUAUCUAGUAAUGUGCAGCCAAUGUAAUCAGGUCAUAAAGCCGCAGGCAUUUCAAUCACAUUACGAAAGAAGACACGGUUCCUCCAGCAAGCAGCCCCUGACACCUCCUUCCACGUCAAUGUGUUCCAUCUAUUCCACUGUUGCAAAAAGCAAAACAGGCAGCGGUGGCAGCACCACCACCAGCACACGGGCGUCCGGUGGAAGCAGUGCCUCAUCCAACUCCAAGCUGAUGAAAUCUCCCAAAGAAAAGAUUGGUGGAAACAAUAGGUCAAUGCAUCCCAUGCAACAAAACAAAGUCGCCCAAGAUAAAAUAAUGACACCGUCUGUUAGAGUGGAAAAGGUGCAUUCAAACCCAAAGAUCGAUGGGAUGUCAAAGCCUGCUGUGGGUCCUAACUGUACUUCUACUGUGACUUCCUCAAUAAAGACUGGCCUUAAUUGUCCAUCAAUACCAAAGCCACCCUUGCCUUCCCCAGGACAAAUACCAAAUGGUAAAGGUAUUCUCUCGACUCCUCCUGUUUUGGAAAAGAAACCUGAUGAUACCCACAGCCGGAAAUUUUUACACAAAAGAUUGUCAGAUCGAGAGUUUGACCCAGAUAUACACUGUGGUGUUGUCGACGUAGAAACCAAGAAGCCCUGCACUAGGUCCUUAACAUGCAAGACACAUUCCUUAGGAUACCGGAGAGCUGUACAAGGGCGCAAGAAACGAUUCGAUGUGUUGUUAGCAGAGCACAAAAACAAAUCCAGGGAAAAGGAAUUGAUUCGUCAUGCGGAACAGCAGCAGCAGUCGACGCCUGCGCUCAGGGAACCUAAUCCUGUACCUUCAAAAUCUUCCCAGGAACUGCACCAAACAUCUCAUGCACUUACUGCUCCUGAAGUGAAGCCUUCAGUACCCAACAAGGCCAAGAUUCAUAACCCCAGUCUUCCAAGGCCUUCAAGCUACCCGGCGCAGCACAGUGGGAAUGCCCCAAGUGACUCGCCUUCUGUGCAUGAAUCUCCUCAUCCAGUAGUAUCCGCAGCUGAGCCAACCUCUCGGUUAUCUAGUGAUGAAGGGGAAGGGGAUGACAAAGAAGAAACUGCCGAAAAACUGGAUUGUCAUUACUCAGAUCAUCACCCUCGACCAGCAGCGUUUUGCGCCUUCGGCAGCCGGCAGAUUGGAAGAGGAUAUUAUGUGUUUGACAAACGGUGGGACCAUAUCCGAUGUGCACUUAACUUUAUGGUGGACAAGCAUCUUAACUCCCAGAUGUGGCGGAAAAUUCCUCCAGCAUCUAGCAACUCGUCCGCGCAUACUCCACACCGGGCCAGCACAAACUCAAUGCCUGCGUCACAUGGCGCAAACAGCACGGGUUUCCUCUCACCCAGCACAAUAUCCGCCUCUCCUGCAUUUGUGACCUCUCCCUGUUCAUCGCUUGACAAAGUCCUCUCUCAUGGAACUACACUAAACUCUCACCCUGCAGCUUUGGGUGCAACGGACCCUGUCAGUAGUAUGCAAUCCAGACAAGUGUCUUCUUCCCCUUCCACACCGUCAGUGCUUUCCUCGUCCCCUUCCCCAGUCUCCAGCAAACCUCAAAAGUUGAAAUCCAGCAAGUCUCUGAAACCUAAGGAAUCUCCAGCCAGCAGCGUCAACUGCAGCAAUGCCAGUAGCAACAGCGGAGGCAGCUCAGGAAAGAAACGGAAAAACAGCUCCCCACCUCAGCAGCUAGCACAUCCCCCUUCGCAUUCCACGGAGUCUUUUAGGAAAAACUGUGUGGCAAACUCUGGGAGCUACCAUUCUCCGGUGACGACUUUGUCCCAUUGCAGCUCACACAGUAUCGGCCUCAAUUUUGUGAACAAUAAAACUAAUUCUGUGAGUCUUAAAAGCGACCAAUCAGGGAGGGGUCCUCCGAUAGGAAACCCUGCGGAAUCCAUAAAAAGAAUGAGCAUAGUGAUGAACAGCAGUGACUCCACGUUGUCGCUUGGUCCGUUCGUUCACCAGACUAGCGAACAGACUGCGAACUCGCACAAUAGCUUUUCCCUGGACAAAUUCACGGGGAAGAAGCGGAAGUGUUCGGCCAGUUCAAGCAGCAUUACCAAUAAUAGCAAACCCACUAAGGUUGCCAAACUGCCACCAGUGAACAAUGUUCACACGAAACACAACAGCGUAAUUCCAGGAACACAGGCGCUGACGAAUAACACACUUCGUCAUCAGCCAAAAGCGCGUCCCUGACAUCUGGUACUACACUGGUGAGAAAAACAAUCCGGACAGCUUUUCACUACAAUCAAAAAAGAAAAAAUACAAACCUCCAGCUGGCGCCCUCUGGACUCCAAGAUGCCUUUGAGUUAUCUCAACUUUCCCAUGGUCCUCAGGUGUGGAAAGUAUCUAGACUCGUCAGCUGAAAAAGGAAUUCCCUGAAGCCAUGUCUAUAGCAGUGAAUGCCUUCACAGCGGACCCUAGAAUGUCCUAUCACCGCUUGUAUCAGUGUUAGUGAACUCAUUCGCUUGCUACAAAAUCCGUGAAAUUGAUUUUGCGUUGAUUGCAAGUUUUUGUCCACAUUUGGCCUGGGCAAAAAUUCUCUUUUUGUAGAGUAAAACAAAAAAGAUAUAUAUUGUUCACUGUAAUCCCCAGAAAGGUAUAUAGUGUUUUCUGCUGGCUUCUGUGUCCAUCAGGUUAGACACAAUGUCCUAGAGGAAUAUAUGGGGGGGUAUUGUUUUUUUUUUGUUUUUUUUCUAGGUUUUGUUUUUGUUUUGUUUUUAUUUUGGUUAUUUUUUUUUUACACCACGAUUUUCCUGUGAUUAACUACUAAAAUAGCACAAUUUAAAUUUAAAGAGUGGACUCUUGAAUAUAUUGGCCGGAUUUUUUUGCGGGUUGCAAAUGCUAAGGAACUGUGAGGAGUUUUAAUGGGCAAGCAGUGUUAUUGUUACUCACUUAAAACCAUCACAUAAGAUAUUACUGAUAAAACAAUCUGUAACUACAUCAACACCUGUUCUAAAGUGUAUAAUGAUGCAGUCAUGAAUCCAGACUAAAUACAAAUUUUAAAAAAUUCUUGUUUACCUUCCUACAUGAUAGAAUAAGACCGCACAUUUUGCAAGUCUACAUGAUAGAAUAAAACGAUGAAUUUAUCUUGUGAUGGGAUAAGAUGAUGAAUUUUAAAUACCCAUUGUUGGCUUCUGUGUUUUGUAAGCCACUAUCUUUAUGGCACUGUUGAUGUGUACCAGGCAAAUCCGUAUAAUUCAAAUUAAAUAAUAUACAAGUUGAAAGAGAGAAGACAAUGUAAAAUAUGAGUAUUAGGAAUGCACACCAAAAAUAAACAUGCAAAAAUUGGUGAUAUCAACCAUGGGUGCAAAACCCCUACUACGUUCAUAACAAGGCAGAAUACCGUUACCAAACGGCGCAUAAUAUAAUGUGAUGUAUAUUGUGCACAGUUUGACAAACGGCACUAACGAAAGCUAGCAAGCAAAUGGGUAUAAUUUGGCAAUUAUUAUAGCAAUAUCUUAUUUAUGCUGCAACCAAGUAAAUAUGAUUCCAUUAUAACACUUGUUUUGGUACUCUAAGCAACAUGAACACUACAGAUUAUUGUGUUUAUUUUAACACCAUCUCCCUAGUUAGUGUUAGACUGCUUCGGAGUCCAGCUCUUAUUCUGCUGCUCAGCUAGUGUGGAAGGGGUCUUCAAAAUAAGCAUGUCCAGCAAUCUGCAUCAAUAAUUCAAUGAGAGCACUGUUGGGCAGUUUAGCACAGUUCUCAUAACCUGUUAUGGUUAUCUAAAGUUGGGUCGGCGAAUGCUGUAAUUUUCUUCCCCUAUAACUAAGUAGCUGCAGAGGGUCUGGUCUUUGGACCCCUGCCAACAAAUGGAUGUAGGAUGGGUUGGGCCCUUUCUUGACGUGUUAUUGUUACAAUUCUAGAAAACACUCAAAUCUUCAACUCAUUGCAAACUGCAAUAAUCCUUUGCUGGCCAAUUCUGUGUUUUGACUGAAAGGUUCGUAGGAAUUGUAGAUUGCAUUCAGGUAGAGUUCCAGUGUUUAAAUACUCCAGCAGUAGACCAAAAUAUCCUCUAUGACAAAAUUGUAUCUUCCCAUCUAGAGGUAUAUUAACAAAAUAGUUGUUGUGGUUGAGGUGACAAUUGAAGUUAGGCAGCAGUUGCUUAGUUUGAGCUUUGUUUUCUACUCAUUGCUCAUCACUAAUGUGGUCAAAAUGUAGUUUUUACUAUUUUUUAAUUAUUAUAUUAUUAUUAUUAUUAUUGGUUGUGAAGGAAUAAAUCUCUUUAGCAAAUAAAUCGCCAUGGUGAUUUCAGCUUCUGGUGAUUUUUGUGCAUUACAAAUAUUAAGCAAACAUGUUCUGCAGUGGCAGCUAUAUUUAUUAGGACCCAGUAAUUGUAAACAUAGCCUAUAUGACUUUUAGAGUAAUUGAUAAUAUAAUUUGCAUGGACUGGUACACAAAUCAGCUUCUGUAACUAUUCUAUCAGGAGCAAAAGGUCUUAUUCUAAUACGUAGGAUAAUGUAGAUAUCUUUAUUGCAAAGUCUGGGAUGAUGUCACUGUAAUGGGUCUGAGAGUAAUCUUGAUAUAUAUUUGCAAACCAAAUAUCAAAUCAAAGCAAUGUACAGUGCAUAUAUAUACUAAAUGAAAACCUGCUCAUUGACAAAGAGUGUCAAGGAUGAGAAUCUCCAGGGACAGUAACAGCAAAACUUCAUUCUAAAGUUAGAGUAUAUAUUUUAAGAGGAUCUGUCACUUCCCUGUAUUUUUAAUAUUAUUUUUCACGCAUCCCUAUAUUUAAAAUGGAGACACCUAGUUGUAUAUUGCAACUGGGUGUCUCCAUUGUAGCUCCCUGUUAAAAGCUCUGUUCUUAGCACUUGACAGUGAAAGCUUAGAAAGAGGGGAAACAAUGUUUCUAUUUCUUCUCCUCUGUAUUGUUUGCUUUGGCUUUGCCUUGUCUGAACUGGAUUAUGAUGUCAUUUGCUAAAUCUUUAAUAUAGAUUUAACAGAAAACUGAGCAUCUCGGGGGGGGGGGGAAAUUGAACACAUUUUGAAUGGUUUCUUAGUUGGUGUAUUUUCCAGGGAAGUGGCAGUUCCCUGUUAAAAAGCUUUCUCCAAGCAUCCCAACCAUAGGAAUAUGCACAGAACUGACAUUAGCCAGCCCGGAACAAGAGUUCCAGCCUGGCUAAUGACGUCCCAGUGAUGCUGCCAGAGAUCUAGUAACUAACUGCUCUGGAAGAAGGGGUUAAACUCUGUACGAACUGCGAUUCAAAGCGAAACGCUGCACACAGACUUCAGACACCAUGACCACUUCAAACAUUGAAAAACACCUUUACUUUUGCAGGUCAGCUCAGAUUUCAGCCUCACGGUCCAAAAUGGCAUCCAUUUUAUGGAAUCGAUAUAGAAUGACUCGGUAAUGAUAUAUGCAAAUGAAUUUCAAAUGUUGAACUGGCAACUUGAAACAAUAUAUUUUUAUUUCACAGAAUAACUGUAUCGCUGUGCAAAGAGAGGAAAGUCAAAGACAGAGCUUUCAAUGGCAUUGCUUAUGGACUUUUCUCUAUUAGUAAACCACUAGGAAAUAUAAUAAGCUUUAUAUCUGUAAUGUCACAUAUGAGCUAAUGUGGCCAUACAUAAUUCUUUUACACUUCAUUCUUGAACUUUUGCUUUGUACAGUUAAGAAUUGCUUUAACAACACAUUCCCAAUAAGAAAAUUAAAUAGGACUGUUCUUUUAUUGUGACAAAUCCUAUUUCACUGGAGUGGAUUUAUGCUAGAUGAAAUCAAAUAAGUUAUCUGUAACAUUCAAAACCAAACAUGUAUUGGGUGAUUUCAUUAAGAGUAAUGUGCUUUGUUAGGCUUUGCAUUGUAAUCACCAUAGAAAAUGGAUGCAAUUGGUUGAUACAGGGACGUUUGAAGUCCAGGAUACAGCGUAUCCUGACCGAUAGCAAAACAAAGAACAAAACAGAAAAAAAACAACAGUUUACAUUUGCAGCUAUUCCCAUUCCCCUAUGUAGCUAUUCUUAAAACUCCUACAGUUUCUUCAACCUGAAAAAAAUUAUAGGGGGGAGAAAAAUCCUCUGUUUUAUUUUGAAAAUUCUUUUAUUACAAAGUUAUUGAAGUAUUGCUUUUUCAGAAAGCAUAUUUUGUUUGAAAAAAAUAUGAUUGUACAUAUUGAAAUAUGUAUUUUGCACAGGUUUUUUUUUUUUUUUUUUUCUUUCUUUCUUAUAUCCCAUUUUGGUACAACUGAGAUCCUCUACUAUUUAUUUGUUAAUAAAAACCAACAAAAUACCUUUAUAAUUUGAAGUGGUUCACUGCCAAGCCAAUAUUCAGAGAACAUGCUGACUUUUACAGUUCUAAGAGACAACUAGGUUUUGUGAAGGGCGUGCCUAUUUUUAAUGUAUUUGGAGUGGAUUAAUUCAUGCAAAUUGUACAGCAUUGCUUUAGAUUGGUCGCCUGAUUCAGUCAACUCACAUCUUGCUGUAACCAAGGGAUUACGAGUCUAGUUUUUUUUUUCUUGUGCAUAUCUGUGUGUGCAAAAACACAGGCACACAAGUGAGUGUGCGUGAUUAUAGAUUUAAAACCUACAGAGAAAAUGAAAGUGCCUGAUAGUUUUUCAAGCCUGUACUAUUUAGCUUUUUCCUUAAGACUUGAAUGUUCAGUUGUAUUUUGAAGCUUGCUUUUUUCAACCAAUUAUUGUGGUUUCUGAAAUUUUUGUAAUAGCUGGGGUGGUGUGGGGGUGGGGUUUCAGAUCAUUGCAUAAGGUGAUUGCCUCUGGUAUUUUAACCCCAUCGGUGCCAAGGAGUCCGCAAUACAUUGUGAGCCGACCCUCUUGUCACCUGAGUUAAAAUGGGCUCCUGAAAUCCUUGUCUUACCUGUGAGGACGUCGUUACAUUUAUUUUUUUGGGUUGGCGACCAAGAUGUAUUUUUAGCUUCUGUUUUAGGGAAAUAAAUUGGAUUAUUUAUUAUAGAGAACUGCAUUUAGAGAAGAGGUCCUAAAAUAUUUUUAUUCCAAAAAAAACAAAUAGAA